AUGCCUACCACCCUCGGUGGCAAAAGGAAACUUUCCAUUGUCUGCUUUUUGCUCCGAUGCACAUAUUCUCAGGUAACAAGAAGCCCACACAACUGCUGUGCCAAAGACAUUUUUGAGGACAUGACUCAGUCCUGGCCAUCCCAGCAGGCCUUAGGGGGUGAGCAGCGAAUCCUCUACAACUACAAGGAUGCAAAGCCGUCAUCUGCACAUCAAAGGCAGAGUCAGGGGGAUGCUCCGCUACGAGUGGUUCACCGUCACCCUUGUGUGGCGCCUCACAAAUCGAUGCUCGCCGAUGACCUAAAACUGAGCAGUGAUGAUGAUGACUCUCAAAAGGCCAUUCAUGAGUCGGCUUCCUGGGACAGACACAGCCUGUCAGCACAGCGAGCACACACAUAUGGCAGGAGGGUGAGACAUUCCAGCUCUGAGUCUUCAGACUCUGACUCCACUUCCAAGUCGAGCAGCAGCAGUCUUCAUUCUCGAAGUCUUAGCCAAAGUCCAGAAGAAGCUCACCCAGAUCCUCCAUCACCUGCCAACACACAGCCACCAUGCAACAACAAGGAGACUGUUCAUCCCUCUGCUACCCAGUGGCAGUUAGAUAAAUGGCUGAAGAAUUCCAAGAAAAAAUCCACCAACGCUGUUCAAAAUCCCUCACAAAGCCUUCCAGAACACCAGCUUUCUCCUCACACCCAGCGAGCCCCAUCUCCAGCCAGGUCAUGGGACAGCAAUCAGGAGUACAGCCCUAGCCAAAGUCCUAUACCUAGCCCACAGUUCAAAUACAGCCACAGCAGCCCCAUACCCAGCCCUGGUUACAGUUACUGUCCUAGCCCCAGUCCUUUCACCAGCACCUGUCCAAGUCCUUCCCCUAGUCCAAGGCAAAGCCUUGUUCCAAGUCCAGUUCUAAGUAUUUGCCUCAGUCCAUCUGGGAGUUCACGAGCCAGCCGAAGCCCAAGCCCCAUACCUAAAGGUCCUCCAAGAAGCCCAAGUCCUACUUUACGUGGCUCUUCCAGGGCUCAUCACUACAUAGAGGAUCAAAGUCAGAACCAAGCACAUUCCAGAUUAACAACAACCUCCCACAGGCCAAGAAUUAGACCAUGGAUUGCUCCAACACCUACCACCAAUUUAAAGAAUAAAACCACAAGUAACCUUCAGCAUCACCCUUCUCAUCAGCACAGGCCUAGGACUGGCCCCAUACAAAUCCAAGUUCAAAGCCAAAGCAAGCCGAAAGCUCCUGAAGCUUUAACUUCUAAUCAAAAUCUCAGUCACAAAUCUACACCAAACCCUUCUUCACAUUUAAGUGUUAAACAGCUUUCUGAUGCUCCUAGAGCUAGAAACGCAUCCCAUUUUGAUCAAAUCCAAGGUAGCCAAUCUAACCACAAGUCACGGCCUGCAUUUCAACCACAUAGCCCCACCAAAUUAAAACACUCAGUGCCAUUUAGUCGUGAAAUCAGAACUGCUCACAGUUCUCAGUUCCAAUCUACCUGUAAAUCUACUAGCAAUUCUGGUAAUGGGUCAACUUCUAAGCCCAGCCCUAGCCUAAUACAUUGGUCAAAGUUAUGGGACCCUAGAACUUCAAACCCUGUACAUACAAAUAAGUCCCAAAAUGUUCAAAAGAAGCUUCAAACUAAGACACAGGAAGUAGACCAGAGAAAAUUUCAUUUGACCCAAGCAGAGGAGGGAAAAGCUGAGAGAAAGGACAGACAUCAUCGUGAAAAACAACCUGGGAAACCAGAGAAAAAAGAAGACAGGAGGCUGGCGGAGGAGCAGCUACUGAGACGUCCCUGGAUCCAAAGUUCAGUUGAGGAAGAAGAAGAGGAAGAGGAGGAGAAGGCAAGAGAACACCAGAGUGGGAGAAAAGAGGCAGAAAGAGGGGAAAACAGGAGGGAGCAGCCAAAUAAAUGGCAAACAGCUCAGGCCAAAGAGAGAGGGACUAUCAACAUUGAACAGUGCCGUCUUCCAGAGGAUUCAGACUAUCAGGGGAGGACAAAAAAAGGACAGAGAUGUGAGGAGGUCAAAGACCUCUCACCCCAUCCAUCUUCACGUUCUCUAACUCCUCAGAAACCACCCUUCUCAUCCUCGUCUUCAUCUUCUACCUCGUCCUCUAAUUCAGACUCUGAAACUGAAUGCCUGCCUCCGACUGACAAAGUUUCAGCAGACUCUACCUCUCACAAGAGACUUACCAAGAAAGGACACCAAGCACCAGGCAGACCCGAUGCCCUCAGGCCCAAAGUGAUUCAUCCCAAAGGAGUAAACUUAAGUCAUCCUUGUGAAGGACAGCAAACUGUGGGAAAGCAAAAACUCUACACACUUGUCCCAUUUGGACGAAGUGACAAGACAGCUCCCACUUCACAGCGGGGAUUAAGAAACCUGGUGGUGCAUAUAGACCUCUGUCUUCUCAAGAGAGUCCCAGACUGCACUCCAAAUCCUUCCAUUCAAAAAUCCUCCUCUUCUGCUUCUCCUUCAUUGACCAAAGACAAGCAAAGAGAAGUUAUGAAACACGUGCAAGUCCCUGAGACUUUGACAAAAGAGAGCAAAAGGAAACGCAAGUUGGAGAAUGACGUUUCAGACAGAGAAAGCAAGAAGAGCCUUGUUUAUCCAAAUGACAUCUCAGGAAAGACAGAAUCCUCAUCUCUUAGAGCCGAGAACCUCGUAACUGAGACAACACAUAACGGGUAUCUGGAGGAGUACUUGGACAACAAGAGGCCACUGUCACCCCUGUCUCCCUUGUCUCCACUGCCUCAAAGUCCUGAGACCACCAAACCUACCUCCAAAGCAAAGACAGCUGAGCAGCAGCAUGUCCGCACCCAGAAGAGCAAAGACAAAAACAAAGGUCAAGCCGUAAAGCCAAAGAUGGAGGUGGAGAGUGUAAAAGUAUCCAGACAGCCCCAGCCGCCAGCUGAGUCUUCCUGGAGACCUGCAGGUCAUGGAGGAGCUGUGCCGAACCAUGAAAUAUCUCAUCAUGCUGAGUACUACUUACAUGAAGCUAAAAGGAUGAAGCACCGGGCUGAUGCAAUGGUGGACAAGUUGGGAAAAGCUGUAAACUAUGUUGACGCCGCUCUGUCCUUUAUGGAAUGUGGGAAGGCAAUGGAGGAAGGGCCACUUGAGGCCAAGUCUCCAUAUACCAUGUAUUCUGAGACAGUGGAGCUGAUCAGGUACGCAAUGAGGCUAAAGAGCCACUCUGGCCCCGGGACGAAACAAGAAGACAAACAGCUGGCAGUACUGUGCUUCAGAUGUCUUGCGCUCCUUUACUGGCAGAUGUUUCGCUUAAAGAAGGAUCAUGCACUAAAAUACUCCAAAGUGCUGCUUGACUACUUUAAGAGUUCUUCCAAAGUGCCUAUUACCCCACCUGGUUGGAAUGACUCUGGGAAGGGUACAGAUUUCCCACCGUCACUCUCACCUAAUGCAAAACACAACAGAAGGGAUUCAUACUGUGGCAGUAACUCUGCAUCUCUUAUAAACAUCCCCCAACGUAUUCACCAGAUGGCAGCAAAUCACCUGAACAUUACCAACAGUGUCCUGUACAGCUAUGAGUACUGGGAGGUGGCUGACAACCUUGCAAAGGAAAAUAAAGAGUUCUUCAACUACUUGAAUACUUUGUCUGGGCCUUUGACUCUUCACAGCAGCAUUGCUCAUGCUGUCCAGUACACCCGACAGGCUCUUCAGUGGAUUCGCAUUAGUGCCAAACUUAACUAACACCAG